GUGAUUCUACAUACUCUUUGGUUUUGUUCGUUUUGACUUUUGGUUUUGUUUACUAUUACAUUACUUUACUUCACUAAAAAUUCGGCAAGAUAAUUGAUGAAGUUUUAUUAACAAAAUAUAGAAAGAAAAUGGAGCAUGUCUUAGAGAAACUUAAUAAACUACAGUUAGAUUGUUUGGAUGAAGAAUGGGUGCAAGCAAUUUUUUAUUCAGAAUUCAUGGAGUUUGGUGACUUGCCUGCUGACUAUGAAAGUGUAUUAGAAUCACUUGAGAUAAAAAAUACAUUUCGGAGUAUAAUGAAAGCAGUUAAUGCAUGGCUGAAAAGUAAUUCCGACGACCAGGAAAAAUCAUGGACGAACUUAUCGAAUCAACUAAAACAUCAAAACUUACUAGCCGUUUUAGCAUACUUUAUAGAUUAUGGCGGCAAAAAUGUUACUUCUAAAGAGCACAGAAACAAUGCUAUAUUUGCUUGUAGGGUAUACUACAAGUUACUCUCUAUUCCUGGUUAUAAGGCAUACCAUAUUUACCAUUCACAACUAUUCGCUCAUUCUCUAUUAUGCCUUAGUUAUCCUAAAUCUAUGUGUGACAAUGAAGAUAAUUAUUUUAACAGUAAGGAAUUGACCCACGAAGUCAAUUCUGUUAUAAAUGAGUUGGGUAACUAUGUCAGUGAUCUAAGGAGUAUUGUUCAUGACUUGCACCUGGGCCCCAAUGAUAUGAACUUUGAAGAUAUUUUGAGUAAUCUGGUUGAUAUAACUGGAGGUGCCAUUGUAAACAAACUUCACAUAGAUAAAAUCGAAUUGGGUAACAUUUCUAGAGUAAUAUAUGAAAUUAUUGACAUUCUUAUAUGUGAAGCGGAUGGUAACCCAAGUUCUACAGCUAUCAAAUUACUAUUCAAAUGUUUACUGCCCAAAUUCAUCGCUGCAUCUCUGGACACACGUAAUGUCAAUAACAUUGUCAGAGCGUCAUAUGUGACUUAUUCAGGUUUACUUCUCACUAAGUAUGGAAAAGCUGCCUUAUCAGGUUAUGUAGUGCUGUUGCAGCAUCUGUGCUACAAUUCAGAUGGACUUGAGAAGGCUGAAGUCCGCACUGCUCGAGUAUCCCUGGUGGUGGGUCUAAUGAGCUUAUUACCAAAGAAGUCAUAUAAAAAAAUUGUCAAAUGGUUGCUGACUUUAUCUACAACUGCCAAGAUUACACAUCGACAAAUUGCAUUGGAAAUGUUGUCAAAACUCCUCAAUAAUGAUCCUGAAGAACCUAAACCCAUGCAGCCUAAUGAAAAUGCUGCAAAGCCAAGAGAGGAAGCAACAGGUGAUGUGGAGAAUAACAAAAGUGAUCAAGUAACAGAAAAUCCACCUCUGACUGAAAACCAGGAUGGUGGAAAUAACGAUAAGCCACAACCAGGAACGUCUAACGCCGAAGUCUUGACUGAAGACGAAAGCAGUCAAGAGCUCCCACCUGCAAAUGAAAUUGAGGAUUUAACAGAGGAGGAUGUCGCGGGUCUAUUGCGUCAACGUGCGCACACCGUAGCGCAUGCAGAAGUUUUGCGUGCGGUGUAUGAAAGAGUGCACGACACCUCCAGCACGCUGCGUACGCGCGCCCUCAAUAUACUCACAGAGUGUCUCAACUCCGACUACCAGCCUAUGAAAGACGCUAUCAAGGAGCUGAAUGGCGACGGUGAGGUGUCUCGGCUUGCGGCGGUGGGCGCGAGCUGCGUGUGCGACGAGCGCGCGGUGGUGCGCAAGGCGGCCGUGGGCCUGCUGCACCGUCUGAUCCGAGCAGCCGCCGACAGCGGUAGAGCGCCGCCCGCCGCGGACUACGCGAUGCUGGUAGGGCUGUGCCGGGACGCGAGCAUCGUGGUGCGAGUGGCGGCCAUCGCGGCGCUGGGCGAGCUGGCCACGCGGCGGCCGAGCGACGAGGCUCUGGACGCGUUCCUUACCGGCCCCAUGCACCAACUGUCCGACCCGGAGUCGAAGAUUCAAGAGCAAGUUGUGACUCUCAUUGAAAACAUACUUAUAAACCGUAUUGAGAAACACGACGCACACAAAAUAGAAGAUCCAUUACCUUGGCUGUUCUUAACUGGUAUAACCCGGCAUAACAUGAAGAAGCAUUUACUGAAGGCUUGUGCAUUGCUUCAAAAGUCAUCUAGUUGUAUAAACCAUCGUUUAGUGGAUCUAUUGAGCACGCAUUUAGGCUCGAAGAGUGACGAGCGGGAUCUGCAAUGUUUAGUUCUACUGGCGAGCGUGUCACGGCACAUCAAGUACUCCGACGUUCGCUUCCUGCUGGACUACUAUUACAACUUGGUGGACAGUGAGGGACGCGAUGCGCGAUUGCUGCCGCUAACGCUAGAGCUGUUGGGCGUAUGGUCGUGCAGCCUCGGCGACACGGAGCGACGCACCCUGCGCGAACACUUGGUGGCCAGACUCGCGGCCGCUGUCGAUGACGGAUGCAGGACGACUUGUGCGUCGCUCGCAGCCCAACUUGAUCCGGACAAUUUGCAGUGGGCUACUGAGCUGAUGCAGUUAUCGGAGCGGCGCGCGGUGAACGGCGGCUCGGUGUCAGAGUGGGUGCGCGCGGCCGACGUGUCGCUGGUGGCGCCCGCGCCGCCCUCGCCGCAGCUGCUGCGCCUGUUCCUCGCGGCGCUCGCCGACCCGCCACAGGAAUGGACGGACAUCGAGCGCGGCGAGUGCGUGGCGGGCGCAGGUCGCCUGUGCGUGCGGUCGCGCGAGGCGGCCUCGCUGCUCGCGCCGCCCUUCGCCGCGCUGCUGCGCGACGCGAGCGCGCCGCUCUGCGCGCGACACAAUGCUCUGCUCGCACUCACCGACAUCUGUACCAGAUACUCGUGCAUUAUGGAGCCGCUUCUGGAGUCGGUGUGCGGUUGUCUCGACACGUCCACCGCGGCGCCUCUGCGGCGAGUGGCGGCGCGCUCGCUCACGACGCUGCUACUCGCUGGAUACCUGCGCUUGAGAACACCACUGUACUAUAAGUAUUGCGCGCUCCUGGCGGACGAGGACCACGACGUGCGCGAGCCGGCGGAGUACUACGUGUCGUGUUGCCUUACCGUGGACGCGAUCUACCACCACUUCGUGGACUGCGUGCUGCACUACAACCAGGAUACAGAGAGCAUAUCGUUCGACGCGCGGCAACUGGUGUACGACGUGAUGCUGCAGCGGCUGUCGGCCGUGCAGAAGCUCAACGUGCAGUGCCGGCUGGCGCGCGAGGUGCUGCAGCACGCGGCCGACACGUGCGACGAGGGCGACGACAUCCCCGCGCCGCUCAACGCGGCGCUGCUCGACGCCAUCACGCUGCUGUGCGGCCCGAGGAUGAAGCUGCCCAAAAAAGCUGACAAAGGAGGAGAUGCUGAUAUAGACGAUUUACACGAAAGAGUCACCACCAACAUUGUAUCUCAUAAAAUGAAGCGCACGGUAGCCGAGGUGCUGGUGCCGGCGGUGCUGCGCCUGUACGCGCACAUGCGCCCGCGCGGCGGACAGCUCGCCACCUACCUCGUGCGCAUCGCCACCGACCUGCUCAAUGACUACCGACACGAGAUCGAGGAGCUCAUCGAGAACGACGAGGAGCUGGUGGAGCGCGUGCGGCAGUUCCAGGAGACGAUCGGCCUGGAGGCGUCGUUCGGCAACGCGCGCAACCUGGUCACCGCGUCCGGCCCGCCCGAGCCCGACACGCCGCGCGCGCCGCGCAAGCGCCCCGCCGCGCGCCAGCCCGCGCCCACGCCGCGCAAGCGCGCGCUGCGGAUAUGAACACUACCGCCCACCGAUGUGACGCCAAGGGACAUUUCAUGUCAAAUAAUAUGGUGUAUUGCACUUUAUAUAUUGUGUAUUUAAUAAGUUAGUUAAUAAUAUUAUGGUAAUGUAAAUAAAUUAUGUGAUGUA